AACCGGAUUGCACUUAGCUUAAGCAUGAACUUGCAUUCUCUUUGCUUUAGAAUCACCUAGGAAUGGUUCGACAAUCUUUUAUACUACAACAUUUGAUUAGGAGCCUUGAAAACUCCUAACACCAAUGAUGCCAUUCCCUUGUCUUGUCUCGUCUCUUUUUCUCUUCGUUUAUGGCUACAAAUGCUUUCGAUAAUGUUUUGCUAGUAUUACAAAGUUUCUCCGUAUAAACUUUUUGAAAGUUUAUUUUACAAAAGAUUGUUUUGUAAACUUUUUUUCCAUAGAAACUCUCUGAAGUUUGUUUUACGUAUGAUUGUUUUGUGAAACCGUGAUGUUUCUUUGGAAACCCUACCGAAAGAACGUUUUUCCGAAUAAUUCUUGUUUGGGCGAAAAUCUAUUCUUAUAUCCUUUAAUGGGUUUUAUAUGUUCUUCUUCUGGGGGUUAACAUGUUCAGUAAUCCGGGUCGAUUUAAAGAUGACGACAGGAUUGUGAACUUGGGUAGUUGCAGGUUGAUGACAUGUGAUAUCACUCAAAUUAUCCUAAGGAGUGACUUACUCUUUCAAAUAAGAGGUUCAAAUGUAGUCCUUAGGGAUCAAAUCCAUAGAGACUCUAGGAUUACACAAUAGAUUUGUAGUUUUCGAAGUAAUACUAGACGGUUAUGAUUAAAGAAAUAAACGAAGCUAAGGUUUGGUGAACAAGGUAGUUGUUGAUGAUUGGUUUUAGGUUUUAAACUAUUAAAGAUGAAAUAACUAGAUUCAGGUGAUUUCUUAGGUAUGAAAAGUAUGCCUUCUAUGAAUUAUUAGGAGUUUAUAAUUAUUAAUUGUUCUUGAACUCAAACUAUAAUCAUCAUUUCUUCAACCCCACAUCACAUAAUCAUCAUUUCUUCAAAUUUCUCUAGCGCUCUGUGGAUUUUUUUCACUAUUGGAUAUCCCUUCUACGAUUUCACCACCACCAAACAUACCUGGGUACUUGUUUAGCCUCGGAUCUCCAUGUGAAUUUUACUAUGCUCUUGUCUAUGGAUUUUUAUCCAAAAUUUUUUUGGACACAUGAGAUGAGUCAUGAGAUGUUAGUAUUAGCUAAUGGUGAAAAAGACAAGGGAUAUUGGAAAGGGACAUGUUUUAGUGAAAUGGGAAGACGAAACAUUCGAGCAGGCUUUUUGACAAGGUUUGGUUUGAACUUACCAUGGGGAAAAUUCAAAACUCGCCUUGAACAUCUACGAAGGCAGUAUGACAUAUAUAAACGUCACAAAGAAUGCGACUGGGUUAGGCUUCACUAAAUUUGGUGAGAUUGAUAUGAGUGCAGAUUGGUGGGAUCAGCAAAUUAAGGCCUGUCCAGAAUCCACAAAACUCCGUGUCCAUCCGUUGCGUGAUAUUCCACUCCUUUAUUCUUUAUACCUUAAAGUUACAAUCUUGGUCAGCGAAGGUUGGCAACAUCAACAAGGACCGAGCCAACUGCCUCAGCGUAUAGAAUCUGAAGAAGAAGAAUACGAUGACAUAUCAUCUCCAAUCAAUAUGCCUGAAGAUAGUCAAAAGACUCACCAAAUGCAUAGUACCAAAGGAGCACAUCAAGAAAAACCCUCCAGAACAAAAUCUUCUCGGAAAAGGCCCAAUUUAGAUCAUUGGGACCGUAUCACAAAUACUUUAGAAAAUCAAGAGAGAUUUUGGUCAGCAGGUCGACAAACAUUUGACUCCUUUAACCCAUUUAAUACUGCUAUAUGCACAGAGGAAUUGUUGAAGCUGUCUACGCUAGAUCAAGAAAUCGAGUUGUACUGGGCAUCUCUUGAUUACCUAGCUAGCAACGAGAAUGGGCGUCAAAUCUUUAUGACGUUACCGGAUGAGAAACAAAAAGUAAAGUAUCUAGAAAGGGCUACUGGAAAAAUGAACUAGAUACUUUAUAUUUUCUGUGUUUUGAGCUUUGGGAGUUUGCUUUGGAUUUUUGAAUUUAAACAUGUAUCACAUGACGUGGUGUUUUCUGAAUUUAUAUGAGGUUUAGCUUUAA